AGAGUCCUCGUUUAGAGAACAUUGCCUUUGUGCGAUUAAAACUGGUUCUUUUAUUGAUAGCGCACCAAUUUGGAUAUCUCUGUAUUCCAUUCGCGACCGGGUAUUUAAACUUGCAGCCUCGAUCGUCGCUUGCAUUUAUUCUUCGGUACUUGGUGAAAAAUGAAGUCUUUACAAGAGUAUUUUGUUUUAAUUAUCACGAGUUUUCUUUUGCUCGUGGGUAUAAACAUGGCAACGGGAUCAGUACUCUCUAAGCCAGAGAUACUCUAUACCGAAGAUACUUGUGGAGAAAAUGAAGUUUACAGUCAGUGCCAGGCAAAUCCGAUCUGUCAAAAGACAUGCAAUAAUAUUGAUAACUGGGACUCGGUGCCUUGCAUUCAGACGAAAAGCUGCUUGAGUGGUUGCGUCUGCAAAGUUGGAUACGUACGCGACAAAGAUCAAGGCAUUUGUAUUUUGGAAAACAGCUGCCCUAGAGUCAGACAUUAAUUUCAAGUAAAAAUAUUUUAUAUCAUGUAAACCAUAUGGGAUAUUAGCAA